AUGAAUCCACAUAAACUCCAUUACCUUUUCUUCUGCACAGUAUUGUGUUCAAUAGUUUCUGGAGACACAAAAGCUCAGAUUUUUAACGAACGAGCUUCUCUCCUUACGUUCUUUUCCGGGAUCACUUCUGAUCCCGAAAACGUUCUUCAGAGCUGGAAUAGCUCUGUGAUUCCGGUAUGCAACUGGACCGGAGUCACAUGCAACCAAAAUCAUGAUUCCAUUCUCGAGUUAGAUCUCAGUGGAUCUUUGCUCCACGGAAUUAUAUCUCCCGCCAUUUCUCAACUUUCACAAUUAACGGUUUUGGAUCUUUCUAGAAAUUUCUUCGAGGGUGGCAUUCCGGGAGAGAUUGGGUAUCUUUCGGAGCUCAAACAGUUAAGUUUAUCGUCCAAUCUUUUACGUGGGAGUAUCCCGUUUGAAUUAGGAUUUCUUUCUAAGAUACAAUAUCUUGAUUUGGGAAGCAAUAUGCUCGUUGGAGACAUUCCAAUGGCGCUUUUUUGUAACGGGACAUCGGUCUUAGAGUAUGUUGAUAUAUCGAAUAAUUCGAUUAGUGGUCCGAUUCCAUUGACCGAAGAAUGUGAAAUCCACGAGCUACGGUUUCUUUUGGUUUGGUCGAAUAAGCUUACGGGAAGGGUCCCGAGAGCCUUAGCGAAUUCUUCAAAGCUUAAAUGGUUGGAUUUGGAGGUGAAUGGUUUCGAAGGGGAGUUACCGUUUGAGAUUGUGAAGAAUUUAUCAAACUUGCAGUUUGUUUAUUUAUCUUACAACCGUUUUUCGGGCCCACUCGAGCCGUUCUUUUCGGCUUUAAGUAACUCUUUGUAUUUACAAGAACUAGAGUUAGCUGGAAACAGACUUUUCGGAAAGAUUCCUGAUGUUAUCGGGAAUCUUCCGAAGAGUUUGGUCCAGUUGCAACUUGAUGACAAUCAGAUAUCCGGAGAGAUUCCUCUGGAUAUCAAUAACCUUCUGAAUCUCACCCUUCUCAACUUGUCUAGAAACCUCUUGACAGGAAAGAUCCCACAUGAAUUAUGCCUAAUGGAGAAACUCGAACGGCUUUACUUAUCGGAUAAUUUGCUCUCCGGUGAAAUCCCAUCAGCUUUUGGAAAUGUUUCGCGAUUGGGUCUUCUUGAUUUGUCAAAAAACCAACUGUCAAACUCAAUUCCCGACACUUUCUCGAAUCUGUCACAAUUACGGAGUUUGUUGCUUAACAACAACAAGCUCGUGGGAACAAUUCCCUCAAGCCUGGCACAAUGCGUAAAUUUGGAGAUUCUUGAUCUUUCGUAUAAUCAAAUUUCUGGCUUGAUUCCGAAUGAUUUUGCAAGAUUGAACAGCUUGAAAUUGUACCUAAACAUCUCACACAAUCACCUGAAUGGACCUCUACCACCGGAGCUCAGCAAGAUGGACAUGGUUCUUGCCAUGGAUUUAUCAUCAAACAACUUUUCCGGUGAGAUUCCGUCACAGCUUGGAAGCUGCAUUGCGCUCGAACACCUCAAUCUCUCUGGGAAUGCACUCGAAGGCCCUCUUCCCGAUUCAAUCGGGAAGUUGCCCUUUCUUGAAACAUUUGAUGUUUCAUUGAAUAGAUUGUCUGGAAAGAUACCAGUAUCUUUUCAGACAUCUUCCAAGUUGAGACAGCUCAACUUCUCAUAUAAUAACUUCUCUGGGAACGUAUCUUUUCCGUUUCUUGAUAUCAAUUCUUUCCUUGGAAACCCAGGGCUCUGUAGUAGUGGGAUGGAAGGGAUGCCAAAUUGCAAGAACAAGCGGAAAAAACACUCGAUUCAGCUGUGGGUUUUGCUUACCCUACUUGCCGUAGCCACCUUAAUCAUGUCUAUGAUUCCUGUAGUUUUCAAAUGGAAAUCAAAAAAGAAAUUUUCAAAAACUUUCAGCCGGAAAAUUGGGUUUGAAGAGGACGAUGAAGAGGAAAGAAAUGAACAGAGCUACCCAAAGAUCUCUCAUCAAGAACUCAUGGCAGCAACAAAUGGAUUCAGCAGAUCGAAUUUAAUCGGAACAGGCCAAUUUGGGCAAGUAUACAAGGGGAUUCUCAAAGACAACACGAAGAUCGCGGUGAAAGUUAUAUCUUAUACAAAAACCGAGGAAAGCUCUGGGAGUUUCAAGAGGGAAUGUGAAGUUUUGAAGAAUACCCGACAUAGGAAUCUGAUACGGAUCAAAACGAUCUGUAGCAGACCUGAUUUUAAGGCUCUCGUUCUACCUUUGAUGCAGAACGGGAGCCUUGAGGACCAUUUGUACCCAAAUGAUGGUCUAAGCCGUGUGAAUUUGGUACAAAUGGUCCGUAUUUUAAGCGAUGUGGCUGAAGGGUUAGCCUAUUUGCAUAACUAUGCUCCUGUUAAGGUGGCUCAUUGUGAUCUCAAACCUAGCAACAUUCUUCUCGAUGAUGACAUGAACGCUAUACUUUCGGAUUUUGGGAUUGCUAAAUUGGUGAAAGAGGAUCACGAGAAGAUCCCGAUGGCAGCUGGUGAGCCCCCUUCGGUUAGCUCGACUGAUGGACUGCUUUGUGGGUCAAUUGGUUACAUUCCUCCCGAAUAUGGUAUGGGUAGGCGAGCUUCAACACAAGGAGAUGUCUACAGUUUCGGAGUCUUGUUGUUGGAGAUGGUGACAAGAAAACGACCUACUGAUGUGGUUUUUGAUGAUGGUUCAAGCCUGCAUGAGUGGGUGAAAAGUCACUACCCAUACCCAGACAGGCUUGAACCCAUCAUAAAAGAAGCUCUUUUGGCCUACGGACCGAUGUCAUGUAGUAGUAAACUAUUGCACGACAUGAUCUUGGAGCUGAUCGAGCUUGGGUUGAUAUGCACACAAUACAACCCCUCGACUCGACCGACCAUGGUGGAUGUGGCGCACGAGAUGGCUACAUGGAAAGAAUACCUAUUUAGGCCUUCGGAUCUAUCGACUGAGUGACUGUUUAGUUUCUAAAAGACUAACAUACUUAGAUACAAUUCAUUUAUGUUUAUUGGUGAUGUUUGAUUGUGCAUUAUAUAUUUACUUGUAGCUUGUGCAAAGAAAAGUUGUACUCAAAUUUUAGUGAGUGCAUGAUUGCAUCGCGUCAUGAACAUGGACCAUUUUUGCCGCGUGAUUGUAUGCCAAAAGAGACUAAUGGGAAUG